GUUGGCUAUGGCGGUGGAGGCGAUGCGCUUGCCCAGGGCGGUGUCGCUGCGGCCUGCGCAGAGAUCUUCCAAGCUCGGCACCAGCUACAUUCAGAUUUUAGGGACUGGAAUGGAAAUGCCCAGUGUUUUGCUCUUUUUUGAUAACAAGCGCUUCAUCUUCAAUGCUGGAGAGGGAAUGCAACGUUUUUGUGUGGAGCACAAGAUUAAACUUUCAAAGAUUGACCAUAUUCUUUUCACUCGGGUUUGCUCUGAGACUUGCGGUGGUCUUCCUGGGGCCUUACUGACGCUCGCUAGAGAUCUCGAGGCGACGGUAAAUAUAUGGGGUCCCUCUAAGCUUCAGUUCUUACUGAAUGCCAUGUCUACGUUUAUCCCGAACUCUUCAAUUCUACAUGCGCACAUCUUUGGGUCUGAUACGAUGCCUCAAGGAGGAACGAUUAUCGAUGACGAUGCUGUUAAAAUAUCCGGCACUCUUCUUCAACCUUGCAGUGGCAAGAACUGCGAAGAAAAAGAGCCUUCCGUAGUCUACGUUUGUGAGCUCCCUGAAGUGAAAGGUAGAUUUGAUCCAGCAAAAGCAGUGAGUUUGGGAUUGCAGCCAGGGCAAAAAUAUGGACUGCUUCAAAGGGGUAUGACUGUGGAAACAGAUGAUGGUGCACGGACUAUUCAUCCAGACGACGUGAUGGAACCGUCUACUUCUGGACCAGUCUUCGUCGUUGUAGACUGUCCAACAGUCUCUCAUAUACCGGCUUUAACUUCUGCAGCAUCAUUGGAAGCAUUGUAUUCUUCUCCAAGAACCAAAGCAGAAGUGGUAUGUGUCGUGCAUCUUAGUCCUUUACCUGUGGUCGAAGAUGCUGGAUACAGCUGCUGGAUGACAAAGUUUGCAGCUGCGCAGCAUGUACUUGCAGGUCCUGGCUGUUGCAGGAGCAAAACGAGAUGCCCGAUUUUCAAGUCAAGUGCUUUGCUGUUGGCAAAACUGAAUAUGGUUUGUCCGCGGGUUUUUCCGUUCAAUCUUGGAGUGGAUAAAAGCGACACAAAGUUUUCAGAGAAUUCACGCGUUGUGGCUGCUCACAACCUUCUCAAGUUCCAGCUUCUACCUUUGCCUCUUCUGGGCUUGGAGAAAUCCCCUGCCGUAGAAGAUUUCAAUCUCGAAGCCAUCCAAACAGAGUUUCUCAAUGAAAUUCCAGAGCUGCUAUCUAUCAAACAGGACGUGAAGCUAUUAUACGAUGAGAACGCUUUGACGACGACGGCUCCAGCAUGUAUAAGCUCCAAGGCAGAUGACUUGGAGAUAGUUUUCUUGGGGACGGGAUCUAUGCACCCGUCCAAGCAUCGAAACGUCAGUGCCAUAUACCUUCAUCUUUUUGAGCGUGGAGGAAUGCUCUUGGAUUGUGGAGAAGGCACGUAUGGACAGCUGAAGAGAAGAUAUGGGAUCCAAGGCGCCGAUUCGGUCCUAGCCAAUCUGAAGUGCAUUUGGAUUUCUCACAUCCAUGCUGAUCAUCAGAGCGGACUUACACGCAUACUCACGGCUCGCAAGGCCCUUUUACAAGCUCAGGGAAGAGUUCAGCCAAUCCUGGUGAUAGGACCAAUGUUCCUCAGGCGCUACUUGACGGCUUACGAGAGACUAGAAACUCUGGCAAUGGAUUUUCUAGAUUGCAGUCAAACAACCAUCGCCGCCGGCUCAUACAACUCAAAGUUCCGCGACACCUUAAGUCUGCUAUGCGGAGGGAAGAGAAAGCACAUUGACACUGGCGAGACGGGGUAUGAUUUAGCAACAGGACUUGACGAAACUGGCCGGAAGAAACUGGAUCAAGUGCUGCAGGAGCUCGGCUUAACGUCACUGCUAAGCGUUCCCGUGAUACACUGCGCUCACUCCUUCGGAAUCGUUCUAGAGUCGGCUCAAAGUGGCUGGAAGUUCGCUUUCUCGGGUGAUACAAGGCCCUGUGACGCAUUUGUGGAAGCUGCAAAGGGCGCUACGAUCUUUGUCCACGAGGCUACGUUCGAUGACGGCUUGCUCGCGGAAGCUCUCGAGAAAAACCACAGCCUGACUUGUGAAGCAGUCCAGGCCGGGGCAGCUGCUGGAGCUUACAGGACGAUUCUCACGCACUUCAGCCAGCGCUAUCCUCAGAUCCCAGUUUUCGACGCGAGCUACAACGACAGAACUUGCAUUGCGUUCGACAUGAUGAGCGUCAACUUGGUGGAUUUGCCGCUGCUCCCAAAGUUGGUCCCGGUGAUGAAGCUCAUGUUUAAGGAAGAAUGAAUGUACUAUACGUGAAUCCAUCCUCCAGGGAGGAGCGAGAAGGGAAGAUGGAAGCCACCGCCACAAAUGUUACUAGCACAAGCGGGGGACCCAAGACUUUCAAGGCUGAUUUCUCCAGGUUUGUCAGGUUUUAAGGAGCUGUAUGGAUCUACUCGACGUUGAAAGCAACUUGGUUUUCAAGGAUAAGUUGGUACCCAAGCUAUCUCUAUAUCGUUCAAGGUAUUGUUUCAUUCCUUGGAGGAGAGGCAAUUCACACGAACAGGCUGCUGCUAGGAGAGGCAAUUCACACGAACAGGCUGAGCAGCAGAGACGAGUAACGCAUUCUCAUCUCUCGUGAAUAGAAUGAACAAGAGCUCGGACCAUGCUUUUGUUGGUGUAUGUUUCUCAUUCUAUUUUAUUCUGGAUUGAAAUAAUCAAUGGAUUUCUCUUUUGGA